CCGGAAAUCACAUCAUCGACACGAUAACAUCAACAUAGUUUUAUUAGCUAGCUACCUAACGUUAAAAAGUAUAAAAACUAUACAUUAUUGGAUUGCCGCUUAGCUAAGAAUAGGGUAUGAAUUAACAGUUUGGGAUCGACUUCUCAUCGGUCAAGUGUGACGGUAAGUUUACUGAUCAAAUCUAGGUCUGUGCUCGCUGGUUAAACCUGCUAGCCAGCUAACGCGUAGUAGCUAGCUAAGCUUGAAGCUGGCUACUUGCUUUUACUUUUCAAGAUUUCGGUUUAUCAUGAAAGUGUGAUGUUAGCUAGCUAUAUACACUAUAGAUAUUUGGUAUUUUCCCGUGGUAUUUUAUAAUAAACGCCGACUUAACUAGUUGGUUUUAGCGAAUCCAUGAAGAAAUCGUUGAACGUCAAUGUAGCUAACGUUAGCUAACUCGCCAUCCAGUCUGCUAGCUAAAUUGAGUUUACUAAUGUGCUGCCAGAGUAUUUAAGUUAUAUGGUUUGCUACAUUAGCUAGUUGUUCAGUUUGGCCUGUUGUCGUUAGCUAACUUUACCUCACUAGAAUCCCUUUGAUUGGCAUACUGGAAUGCCUUUGAUUGACAGCUAGUGUUGUAAGCGGUCACUGGGUUAAAGUCGUUAUGUAGUUUUGUAUAACGAGAACUGCCUGGCUCGUUUAGGCAAGGCCAAUUAACGUUACAGUAACUUGUUUAUUUCUUGCUGUAACUCUGACAGUGGUCCAAAAUGGCUUAAUUUUCUCUAGGAGAGGAAGCCAUUUUAGACUGAUGCAUACCCUGGCUGUGUGUCAACGGACCAGGAGCCAUGCUAAUAUUUAUCUCUCUCUGUGGUUGAAUGGUCAGGCUCAGCAUGUACACGUCAGGAAAGUACAGUUCACGGGGCCCAGCUCUGAUUCCACGGAUGAAGACCAAACACCGCAUCUACUACAUCACCCUGUUCUCUGUGGUGCUGCUGGGACUCAUCGCCACAGGGAUGUUCCAGUUCUGGCCACACUCCAUCGAAUCAACGGCAGACUGGAGCCUGGACCGACGCAGCGUGCACGAUGCACCUCUAGUCCGACUGCCUGUGUCCAACCCUAUUCCUGAGAGGGGGGACCUUAGCUGCCGAAUGCACACUUGUUUUGAUGUGUAUCGAUGUGGCUACAACCCUAAGAAUAGAAUCAAGGUGAGCCUAUUCUCCAUCCAUCACACACCACAAAUUACAGAUAUGUGAACUUUGUUUUAUCUGCUAUUCUUGGUCUCUGAACCUUGUCUUUUUAACCACAUGAUUGAAGGCUUGAAGGAUGUUAUAAAUCAAACAGCAGUAUAGUGGACCAUCAGAAAUGACUGUGUGUGUCUGUCUGGCAGGUGUACAUCUAUCCCCUGCAGCGUUUUGUGGAUGAGGUAGGAGUGCCCAUCAGCAGCACAGGCCUGUCCCGAGAGUACAAUUACCUGCUCAGUGCCAUCUCCGACAGUGAGUUCUACACUGACGACGUCACCAGGGCAUGCCUGUUCGUCCCCUCUAUCGAUGUGCUCAAUCAGAACUCUCUGCGCAUUCGGGAGACUGCCCAGGCUCUGGCCAUGCUCCCCAGGUAACCUUUCCUGCACACUGCUCGGGUUGCACUGUUAUCUCCUCCACCCCAAAGCUGGGAAUUCUCUCUUCAUAUGUAUUUAUCCUUCUUUACCCUCUCUGUCAUUCUUCCUCUCCCCUCUCUCGUCUACUACAUUGAUCUAUCCGCCCAUUUCAGAUAUCUAAGUGCACACAUUUGAAGGUUUUUGACCCCUAAAGAUGUAUGUUUCCAGGUGGGACAAAGGGAUGAACCACCUUCUGUUCAACAUGUUACCUGGAGGACCUCCAGACUACAACACAGCCCUUGAUGUGCCAAGAGACAGGUAACACUAAUAAACCCAGCACAGAAAAAAGAAAGUCAAUUACAAUUAAUAUAGUUGGAUAAACUCACAUUUUAGUUUUUUGGUUCAUCAAUCAACCUUGACAUUCCAGCUAAUAUUGUUUGUUAGCAGAGUUGCUACCAGGCAUAUUUUGUUCUACCGAGACCACCACUAGAGGGAAGCAUGGCGUUAACUUAGCUUUCAGUUUUCCUUACAUGUCCUUAGUCUGAUGUUAUGUUCAGAGAAUAGUAUUAUUAUUAUUUUUUACAUUUUUGUUAAGUUGACUCAUAGUUUUCCCCCUCCAUUUUAUGUAGUUUAACUUGACUAGAUAAUCCAGAUUCAAUUCCAUCUUUUAUCUCCAACACAACUACAGAACGUGCAUAUAAUUACAGGGUGGCUUGAAAAAUAUUAAGCUAAGAAGAAAGUAGUACUUAAAAGUAGUCCAGAGAUGACAGAACCUCUAGCGGCUUUGAGCGGGCAGACAUGCCUAAUCUCCUGGUAUUUACUGCCACAGAGAGAGGCCAUGUUUCCCAGCCUUGCUCUUGGCCGCUCACUCCUUUUGGGUGGAAAAGGUGGGUUUUAUGAACAGAAAGCCCUGAGACGAUGAACACUUAUCUGGAGCUGUAGGGAAUUUCCUGGGCUCAUCCAGCUGUGCUCCAUUUGGCGUGGGGCCUCAUCAGAACCAGCUGUGUGUGUAUAUAUAGGCCUGUGUGUGUGUGAGUGAGGUGUGUGUGUGAGUGCUUGCAUGCACAGGUAGGACGCCAUAAAGAUUGUUCGUCAGUUAACUAUUACAUUCACAGAUUUACAAAAGGAUGACGUUUAGGCAGCCUCCUUUUGUUCCAUGCGAAUACUUCUCAAGAUCGUCAUGUUACUCAAUAGCGUUGUUAAGCAGAUAUGACAAGAAACAGCCAGGGCAUAUGCACAUCUGUCAUGUAUUGUCUUGCAGCAAAGUUCUAUAUAGCUGUCUCUUCUCUCCGUCUUAAGUAUGUAAGCCUAUGUGACAGUGGUGUAACAUUGGAUACGUUUUGUGUGUGUGUUCUAGGGCUCUGCUUGCAGGGGGAGGCUUCUCCACGUGGACCUACAGGCAGGGUUAUGACGUCAGCAUCCCUGUGUACAGCCCUCUGUCUGCAGAUGUGGAGCUGCCCGAGAGACAGCCUGGGUGAGCAGCAACACCACCGCCACCCUGGUUCAGCACCUAGCAUAGGGCUCUUAUCACUUCCUCAAGCAAGACAACAGGCAUCCUCACUUCAUGUGACAGUGGGAACAUUUGUGAAGUUAUCUUGUCGAGUCACCAUCAUCACUCACAGUUUUCCACUAUUUCUAAUGUUGUCCCGGCUGCAGGCCCCGGCGCUACUUCAUCCUGUCGUCUCAGACGGCCAUCCACCGUGAGUACCGGGCAGAGCUGGAGAGGCUGAAGGAGGAGAACGGGGAGGCCCUGCUCCUCCUGGACAAGUGCAGCAACCUCUCUCAGGGAGCUGCCUCAGCUAGGAAACGCUGCUACAAGGGCCAGGUGUUCGACUACCCCCAGAUCCUCCAGGUGAGACCCACACAGAGACCCUCUACCGUUCAGACUAGACUAACAUGUACACACACUUGUAGACAUUAUACAGCUUAGGGGGAAAUGUUUAACAUAGAUCUGCAUGGCCAUUAUCAGACUUUAAUGCAUUUAAGAGGGCUCUGCUCAGCUGUGUAGGUCAACUCUAAGAGUUAGCAGUCUAUUUAUGUGGGUAACUUAAUGCGGGGUAUACCUGGGAAACUCUACAGCAAUAUCUGUGACAGUCAGUCAACCGGUGUGCCUCUGCACUGUCUGUCUGCUCAGAGUGCAUCUCCAGCCCAUCCCUGGCCUGUCUAGACAGGAAGUGCGCUUAUCAUGUGGUCUGGGUGCAGCGUGGCCGCACAUCUGGCAGACGUCCCACCAAGGAGAGGGCCUGGAAGGGUGGAGGUUGUGGGAGGGGUUGUGGUGGCAGAAUCUCAGUGAAAGCACCCCCCUUAUCCUCCACCUCUGAAAGUGGAAAGGUUUGCCAGAAGUGAUGCCUGAAUUUUAGAAGAAUAUUUAGGGUUGCCUGCUUUUAUCCUUUUAACAUCUGUAAGUAGUCCACCAUAACAUUGCCCUCCCCACCCUCAACUCUUCCAUAUGGGAGGCAACCUUGACAGUUCAUGCAGUCAUUUUAUCAGACUCUGACCAAACACAAGCUGCCCACUAAUAUUGUGUUAGUCUGUUUUUGACCCGUCUAAGCUUCCUUAGUUUGGAGACAGCUAUGUCAUAAAACCAUGUACCUUUGAUAUGUCUAUGAUACCUUGUGGUAAUCUGUGUUGUCUGUGUUCCCCAGGAGUCGUCGUUCUGUGUGGUGCUGCGCGGGGCUCGGCUGGGACAGGCCACCCUCAGUGAUGUGCUGCAGGCUGGCUGUGUCCCUGUCAUCCUAGCAGACUCCUACAUCCUGCCCUUCUCUGAGGUCCUCGACUGGAAGAGGUACGCUAAAGACACCGCUCAUGAUCUCACUCCAACCAACUUCAACACAUAUAUCAGCAUUACAUUUUCUGAGCUCGUAUUGUGAUUUCUGAUCUAGUUUAAUACCAGUGGAUGUUUUUGCCAUUGACAUAGAGACUGACUGAUAUUUUUCUUUCUUUGUUUUGUGGUGUGUGUAUUGUACAGGGCAUCCGUGGUCAUUCCAGAGGAGAAGCUCCCAGAGAUGUACACGAUCCUGAAGAGUAUCCCUCACAGGCAGGUGGAGGAGAUGCAAAGACAGGUAACAGUCAGAUCACAUCUUUUCUUCAGCUAACAUUCAAAUAGACUGAAUCCCUUUGCUGGGGAUUUUUUAUGCACAUACAGUGAGGGAAAAAAGUAUUUGAUCCCCUGCUGAUUUUGUACGUUUGCCCACUGACAAAGACAUGAUCAGUCUAUAAUUUUAAUGGUAGGUUUAUUUGAACAGUGAGAGACAGAAUAACAACAAAAAAAUCCAGAAAAACGCAUGUCAAAAAUGUUAUAAAUUGAUUUGCAUUUUAAUGAGGGAAAUAAGUAUUUGACCCCCUCUCAAUCAGAAAGAUUUCUGGCUCCCAGGUGUCUUUUAUACAGGUAACGGGCUGAGAUUAGGAGCACACUCUUAAAGGUAGUGCUCCUAAUCUCAGCUUGUUACCUGUAUAAAAGACACCUGUCCACAGAAGCAAUCAAUCAAUCAGAUUCCAAACUCUCCACCAUGGCCAAGACUAAAGAGCUCUCCAAGGAUGUCAGGGACAAGAUUGUAGACCUACACAAGGCUGGAAUGGGCUACAAGACCAUCGCCAAGCAGCUUGGUGAGAAGGUGACAACAGUUGGUGCGAUUAUUCGCAAAUGGAAGAAACACAAAAGAACUGUCAAUCUCCCUCGGCCUGGGGCUCCAUGCAAGAUCUCACCUCGUGGAGUUGCAAUGAUCAUGAGAACGGUGAGGAAUCAGCCCAGAACUACACGGGAGGAUCUUGUCAAUGAUCUCAAGGCAGCUGGGACCAUAGUCACCAAGAAAACAAUUGGUAACACACUACGCCAUGAAGGACUGAAAUCCUGCAGCGCCUGCAAGGUCCACCUGCUCAAGAAAGCACAUAUACAUGCCUGUCUGAAGUUUGCCAAUGAACAUCUGAAAGAUUCAGAGGAGAACUGGGUGAAAGUGUUGUGGUCAGAUGAGACCAAAAUCGAGCUCUUUGGCAUCAACUCAACUCGCCGUGUUUGGAGGAGGAGGAAUGCUGCCUAUGACCCCAAGAACACCAUCCCCACCGUCAAACAUGGAGGUGGAAACAUUAUGCUUUGGGGGUGUUUUUCUGCUAAGGGGACAGGACAACUUCACCGCAUCAAAGGGACGAUGGACGGCGCCAUGUACCGUCAAAUCUUGGGUGAGAACCUCCUUCCCUCAGCCAGGGCAUUGAAAAUGGGUCGUGGAUGGGUAUUCCAGCAUGACAAUGACCCAAAACACACGGCCAAGGCAACAAAGGAGUGGCUCAAGAAGAAGCACAUUAAGGCCCUGGAGUGGCCUAGCCAGUUUCCAGACCUUAAUCCCAUAGAAAAUCUGUGGAGGGAGCUGAAGGUUCGAGUUGCCAAACGUCAGGCUCGAAAUCUUAAUGACUUGGAGAAAUCUGCAAAGAGGAGUGGGACAAAAUCCCUCCUGAGAUAUGUGCAAACCUGGUGGCCAACUACAAGAAACGUCUGAUCUCUGUGAUUGCCAACAAGGGUUUUGCAACCAAGUACUAAGUCAUGUUUUGCAGAGGGGUCAAAUACUUAUUUCCCUCAUUAAAAUGCAAAUACAUUUAUAACAUUUUUGACAUGCGUUUUUCUGGAUUUUUGUUGUUAUUCUGUCUCUUACUGUUCAAAUAAACCAUUAAAAUGAUAGACUGAUCAUAUCUUUGUCAGUGGGCAAAGGUACAAAAUCAGCAGGGGAUCAAAUACUUUUUUCCCUCACUGUAUAGGGAUAUGCCAGGUCGCAGUUGUAAAUGAGAACUUGUUCUCAACUGGCUUACCUGGUUAAAUAAAGGUAAAAAUAAAAUGAAAAACUCUUUAUAGAGUUGUAGUAAUAGUCUAUUUCCAGAUGAAUAAACCUCAGGAGAAAGUGCCUCCUGCCCUCUCAGGUUAAGUUAUGUUGAAGGCGGGGUCAAAGGAGUUGUGACUUUCACGCUCCCAUUCCAACCUGUGCCUCACUGUCAGCCCAAUGGAAGCCAUAACACAGGCAGUCUGAAGGGUUAGACAGACAUGUUGUAAUGAGCCCUUAGGACUGGAGUUUCUGUCCUGUUGUCAGUUUGGAUUGUCUCCUCAUGUUCCCAAUCUUGAUUAAAAAGCUCUUAUAAAGGUUCUUCAGUGUUAGUUUCAGUCGCAGCCAAAUCAAUGACAAGUCCCCUCUUUUCACUGGUCCAACUGAGCCUCAAUAAACAGAAGUGAAAGCCCUCUGAGAGAGUUCUGCACGUCCAAGCUGUUUCUCAUUCCCUUGUAUCAACGCUAGUCCAUUUACCAAUUAGACUGGCCAAACAGACAUAUUAGACCCACAGCUCAGAGACCCUGUUGGAGUUCUUUCAUUUGCCCUGCCUAGAACAUGGCUUCCCUUGGGGGCCGCCUCCUGUCUCUGUUGCUGUGUGGAUCUGAAAUGCUUAUCCACUGCUCUUAGUGUUUCUGUCAGUCUGUCUAGGGCUUGGAAUUUAGCUAUGAUAUGUGUAAUCAGUUGUCUUCCAUAGCUGCAGGCAUGUCAGGAAAGGGUUCUCAUUAGAGAUGAGGACUGAUGAUAAGGGGAAGGAUUUUAGUUUGUUUGGGUUAAAACAAAUACUGAUAAUAAACAUUUUAUCAAUUCACUGGAGAUCAGAGGAACACAACAAAAUUAUAUUGGUCUGAGUUGAGUAGUGAGUACAUCUUAAGCCAGGGGAAUGUGAGGGGUAGGUAUGUCACUGUGCCGUGUGCGUGCCUGUGGCCCCUGCAGGACUGACGGGAGGAGGGUGUUGGAGCCCGGCUCAGGACGUGUAAGGGUGGGGUGGGGCCGGAGCACAAAGGCCCAUCUUAUCCAGGAUUUAUAGGGUGCUGUAGCGCCCAUUCCAUAUCAGUCCACACCUGCACACAUCUGGAGAGACUCCUCACUCACACUCACAUUCACUGGCUGGAGAGGAGAGGACACUGGGAAUCACUGAGCUGGUCCCCAUAGUAUAGACAACACAUUGUCAACUAAAACUCAUUUUGACGUGUGCAAUAUUAUGUAGUAUGUUUUUUUUUUUUUAGGACAUGAUUUUCUAUAUUAAAUAUUUUUUAUAAGAGCUGUAGGGACAUAACAUUUUUUCCUGAUUGAUCUUAUUUAAGAGCUGAAGUGAAGUAUUUACUGACUGUCCAACAGAGGGCCUAACUAGUCUGAUUUCACACGCUGUCCUCUUCAAUCCUUUAUGGGCUUAAAAGGUCUCUGACCAUAUGUCUAGUGUGCCUAAAAUACACAUAGGCUGCGUUUAGACAGGCAGCCCAAUGCUGAUCUUCUUUUCACUAAUUGGUCUUUUGACCAAUCACAUCAGCUGUGAACAAGAUCUGAUUUGAAAAGAUCUGAUGUGAUUGGUCAAAACACCAAUUAGUGGAAAAAAAGAUCAGAAUUGGGCUGCCAGUCUAAACGCAGCCUUACUCAUGACUCCAUGUCAGCUUUGAUUGACUAUCUGUAUGAUUUACUAAGUCCUCAAUUGAAGGAUAAUUGGGUAAUUGAGGAGACAUUCUGUUAACUUAUACAGGGCCUCACAACUAAGGUCAAAUAUAAAAACUCCUAAUCCAUCAGUAGCCAGCAGCAUCAUUUCAGGAGAUAGUUUUUUUUCUUCAACAUGUGAUGUGGUAGCAUCGACAUAGGUCCCAAAUUGGGAGCUAAGUGCUUAACAGCUGCUAAAUGUUAGCGGUGGUCAACUCAGGCAUUCCUGUGAGCCUUGUUUGGUUCAGACCCUAGGAAUAGAAUACAUGCAUGCUUUGUUAGAUCAGUACAGCUAAAAUGAGUACUUCUCAAUCACAGGGCUGCAGCUAUAGUACCAAGCCUAAUGUAAACCUGUCUGAACCCUCCCUGUCUAAAAGGAGUUGACAGACAGCAGAGUAUAGCUAGAGAAAGAGAUGGUAGACUGGGUUGUUCCCUUGAACCUGGUCCUGAAAGUCUGGCAUCUAGUUUGGUUUCUGUCACACAGUAACCACUAUUGAUGAUCAGUUGAGUGUCAUCUUGGUAAUACUACAAUGUCCUCCUAAGCAAGUUUGUGCUAAACAAAGAAUCGUUGACAUGACAAUUUUACUUUUACCCGAUUUUUAUAUCUUAUUAAGAGGCGCUAGUAAUUACAUUUAUUUUAGUUGCAGUAGCAAAGGUUAGCCAAAUCAGUUUUGAAUUCAUGGAUGUUGUUUAUGGUCCAAGUUCAAGCACACCUCAAAGAGAAUUCAGCCUACUUAGCCCAGCGAGGUAUCUUAGAGGAAGGGAACGACAGUGCUGCAGUGAAGCAGACCGCUCUGCCCUUUUCCUCUCCUCCUCUCCUGUGACUCUGUCUCUUCUUCUCUCCUCAUAAAAAUUCCUGCAGGGGCUGGGGCAGGGCCUCUUGGGCUGGAGCAGUUUGCUUUUUGCCUCCUCCCAGUCGGAAAGGGAACUUUCAUCACUGGCUGAUUUAUGGGCCGUUGUGGUCCCCCUGAGAUUAGAAAGUAUUUUUGAAUGCUCCUCACCCCCUCCAUAAAAAAAUAAAAGCUGUUUUUGUAUUUCUCUAGUGUUAAAGGGGACUAAGGGAUAGAGUGGGGGCUGGUCCCUUCUCAUGUGCCGCUGAGAGCUCUCUGUAGACGAUACGACAACAAACACACCAGUCAAUAGGACAAGCUGCUCCACUGCUAUGAAGGACAGAGCCCUGUAGCCAGGCCAAGACUACCACAGCUCUAGCAAAACGGUGUGCUCAUUGACUAAGCUGUAGCAGCCUAUGCUAUCACUGUGUUUGCUGCAGUGCAGUUUUCAUUUUGUGCACUGUUGUUGUUGUCCAUUCCUCUCUGGAUCCUCCUCUGUUCCUAAUCCCAAACAGGGGAGAACCUCUUCAGCUGUGGGUGUUAUUCUCACCCAACAAAUAUGCUACAAAUAUCUUGAGUUUCUGGCUGUGGGAAUAGUUUCCAGGGUGUGCUCUGGCUAACCAGUCAAAUGUCUGUUGGAGUUAAGGGGUCCAGUAUGGUCUAGACAUUGUGUUUACAGGCUGCUUAACAAAUAGCACCCUAUUUCAUAUAUAGUACACUACUUUAACCCCCCCCCCCCCCCGCUUGUUAAAGAGUGCUGCACUCAGGGUCACCUAAGACCUGUCGAGGUGGAGUCGGGUCACACUGACAUGGCGCCUCCUGGCAGGAGACAGUUCUGUUUUAAGGAUCAGUAACUCUUAUGGGCUCCUCUCCCUCCAUAGCUGUCCCUUGAUGUCUCUUAAUGGAUCAGUGGGAGGGGAGCACCAGGGACGCUGGGGUGCUGCCUGGGGAUGGUGGACUAGUAACAUCUGCAUUGAAAUAUGAUUGACUGCUCGGCUACACCUUCCCCUCUGGUACUGUAAUGCUCCUUGUUGUUACCAUGGACUGGUAGUGAAUUGACUAAAAGUACAUUUCUGAUGCACAACUAGAGGUAGAUGCGUACGUAGUUUGCAUACAUCUUGGAUCAAACGUAUUAUAGUCCCAAUGGGCCUAUCUAUAUUGCCUUAGGUAGGGGUUCCCAACCAGCUUUAAUAGGACCCGUAUGGGUACUUGGCCUAUCCACAGGGGGUACUUGAGAAGACUUAUGAGACCAUAGGCUUACUGGUCAAAUGCACAUGAGGGGGUACUUCAGGGGAACUCUGGGCAGAGCAAAAUUCAGUUGGUGGUACAGUAACCGAAAAAGGGUUGGGAACCACUGGCCAAAAGGUUGAUAUUUGGCUGCACUGUGCUUUGAAAGGCAGGUGAGCUGUAGAAAGUAUUGGCCUGCUGUAGGACAGAUGAUGUUAAAGAGAUUCUAACCAUCUAGAACAGUCCUUCCUGUUCUCGAGUCACAGGGAUGCCUUUUGAAUGUGUGUGUUCAAGGACAUAACAGCUUGUUUGUUUGUCCAGAGUCCAGACCAUAUGUUUUUAUUCCAAUAACAACUCUGUCCUUCUCUCUCCUCAGUCCCGCUGGUUCUGGGACGCUUACUUCAGCUCCAUGAAGGCCAUCGGCAUGACAACGCUUCAGAUCAUCAAUGACCGCAUCUACCCCUAUGCUGCACGCUCCUACGAACAGUGGAACAACCCCCCUGUGGUGGUGAGGAUACCUCUAGUUGGUAUUUCUUUAAAGAGUGGAAAGAUGUGUUUUAGGCUAGAUGUGUUCAACAUGAUUGGAUACAUCAAAAGUCUUCCACUGGAGCCUGCUAUAAUCUAUGCCCCUCGAGCCUACACCAUUGAUAAUGUUAUUGUGUUUUACUGUGGUUACCCACUGAAUCUUCUUAGACAUACGAGUCAUAUUUAUGGGGGUGCAGUCUGCAGUGUGGUAUUGAUGUGUGACCUGACACUACGGUGCUGGCCUCACAAAACAGAAAAACACAGUGACCGACUCCCACAGUGGCAGAUAUGAAACAGUUUUCCCAGCAUGCUGUAUUUCCCUGGUAAGUCUUUCCCAGAGUAUUGGCCGAGUGGCAGGGCAGCUUCCUCCUCUUUAUAGCGCCCUCUCUCCACACAUGUAGCCUAGCCUAGUGGUCUUUGGCUGCUUGGUAAACACCCAGUACUGCUGAAACAGCCAGUGAGUUUGUGUCAGCAGUUCUGUACUGGGAGGAUGCCUCCAGUGCGGUGAAAAAUACGUGCCUUAGUGUUUGAGUCAUUGUGUGUAUGUGCGUGAGAGAGAGAGGGAACACUGUUUAAGGAGAAUGGAGGGCGGCGCUGCAUGUGGUGUCUUUGGGGACUGCAGCACACACAUUCUCCUUAAACAGUGUUCUCUCGCUCUCUCACGCACGUGUGUGUGUGUGUGUGUGUAACCUCUCUGUGGUUGUGGGAGUGUGGGGAUGCAGACAGCUUGGCUCAGCUACCACCUCUCAGGGGCUGUUAAUCAGCCCAGCCUGAUCUGCUGCAGUCCCCAAAGACACCACAUGCAGCUCCGCCCUCCAUCUAUCCCUACCUCCUCCCUCUGUCUGUCUGUCUGUCUGUCUGUGGGGUAGAGAAGGGGGGCCCAUGUUCCUCCUUAUUGGACAGGCCUACCCAGUCCUACCAAUGGUUGGUGAUAUGUGAGCCAGUCAGGUUAUGUUGGUCUGAACAAGUCAAGUCACACUGACUCUGACUAAAGUUAUGUUUACAACGCUUGGCUUCUCAGAGUAAUUCAAAGCUCUACAACACUUUAGGACUAAGGACUUUUUACUCAAGCAACUGCUCAAUCACAGCCAGUAUUGCCUUUUUUUUGGAGCGGGUAGCUGGUUAAUCAACAGUUACACUUGACAUUACCCACCUCUCUCUGUCAGAAACUCCUGUCUGCUUUUUUUCCCAACUAAUCGUCAUCAUUUAUGUCUGCUGUCUCGGUCCCAGCGCACAAGAGGUUAAUUGUGCAGGGCCACAGACCCAUUACCAUUCCAAUGCUGGAGAAGUGCUAUCUCUACGUAUUCAGUGGAAACACGUCGAGCAGAAUUGGAACAGAACACUAAAUAAAUCAAGCAGGUUUUUUUUUUCUCUGCUGUUCUGUAUCCUUCGUUCGGGGUCAUAAUUGAAAGCACAUUUCACAGGCUCUUUGCUAGUAGCAGUGCCUUUAGAAGGGUUGUCAGGCUAGGGUGGGACAGACGGGCUGCUUUUUGUUUGGCAGUAGUGGGCAUAGUUGUAAGACAGGUAAUCCUGUUCCGCCUUUGAAAGGUGGUUGAAGGUUUUUAAGAUACUUUGUAUCUUAGGGGUCUUUCAUAUCAAAUUGGUUUGGAGUGGGGGGUUUUUUCUGAACUCUGGCACUUUUUCGCUCUUAGUUCGGUUCGUUUGGACUGGUGUGAACCCUCCAUGCUUGGGAGUGCUCUAAACAACGCAUCGUGGUUUGCUAAAAAAAACGUGGUCUCGGUCCAAUUAAUUACACCUUUCAUAGUAAUGAAUAUUCAUGGUAAAUGGGAACUGAUUAUUUAUUUAGCUUGACCUUUGGUUUCUAGAGGACAUCUAACAUUUCCAUUUAGGCUAAGUCGGGGCUUGUUCAGUGGUUUAAAUGGGCCAAGAAACCUGGCCAGACAAUUCCUUCACUGGCAGAGAGCAGAUGCCUGCACUGUGAAUGUGCUCAUAUCAGGACUCUUGAGAAGAUGUGACGGCUGCACUAUCUCUGCUUCUCCUAAUCCCUGGUAGGCAAUCAUCACUCACAUUAUUCUGAUCCAACAGUUUUCUGUCCAUCAACUUCAAAGUCCAGGGAUGGAAUUCAAAUCUUUCUCAAUAGAACCAACCGGCAACCUCACUUCGAUCUGGGUUCCAUUUUGGCCUUACUCGCUGUUUUGACACACGCAUGCAUACAUGUAUGUGCAUCCACACACACACACACACACACACACACACACACACACACACACACACACCACACAAAUCAAAGGCCCCAUGCUGGCUAGAUGGACUUGCUGCCAGUCAUCACUGAAGCGGCUGUUAGGAAAGGGAAAGGGGGAUAACUAGUCAGUUGUACAACUGAAUGCAUUCAACUGAAAUGUGUCUUCUGAAUUUAACCCAACCCCUCUUACUCCCACUUCACCUUGGGAAAUCAUUUGUUAUUGAGUAGAAAACACUGUGUUUGUCCAAAACAUUCAAAUGCCACGUUGGUCUAAAUGCUGCAUUAUGAGGAUGUUUACAUGGAUUUGCGUUGAUCUACUUUUCCAAACACUACCGCAAUAAUGUGUAGCCUAAAUCCCCCAAAUGGCUGCAUGUUUCCGUUUGUGGAAAUUGAGCAUUGGAACCAGUGAACUCAUUUUAACUGAGCUAAUUAACAUCGGAGAAGUGGCUGUCUUUCUUUCAUCCUGUUUCUUUCAUUUGACUAAUGACUUAAGUGGUCCCUUUCCUCAUCUAUUCAUCUCACCACUUAUGUGUCACCGUGUUACUUUCAUUAUUUCCCCUCUGCUUGUAUGUAAGUGUCACACCACCACAGAGACGUUUCCAUUUGCUAGUAAAGUUGUUAUUGAUUUUUAUUGGUGAGGAAUGACUGAUGUAGGGUAUAUAGGGUGACCAUGUUUAUGGUGACAGACAUGGUGGACGCUGUUGGAAGAGCCACAGAAACACCAGUCUGUUUGGAACCACCUGCCUACAGCAGAACAGAGAAGCACUUCAAGAAGCCCACAGUUUUAUUUCAAAUCUCCAUUCCCUCCCUAUGAGGUUAGAACAUCUCUCUAGUGGCAGGUCUGGAGGCUAUGGGGGGCCUUUGAUACAGUUUGAUUAAGUCAGCUGCAACCUCCUUUAUUUGAGAAUGCUACUGUUGUAGUGUUUGACAGUUAAUUAAGGGUUAAAACCACAUAAUAACAUAAUGCUACUGCUAUCAGAGAACGGAAGCGUUGAAGUUGACACUGUAGAUGAUCUAACCUGCAUUGUAGGCCACUUUAAGCUGCUGCAGUGAGUCCCUUCUGUGUCGCAUGUCCACAAAUUGUUACUGUUGUGUAAUCACAUUACUCAAAAUGUCAAUUGUUGUCUAUAUGUUAGUUUAGAGGUCUGGAUUGAGUGUGUGUGUGUGUGUCUUCUUGUGUGUGUCACUGCAUCAGAGGGCUCUCUGCACUGCCAGUAUUUCUUUUACAGCGUCACUUGAUCUAGGCUAGGGCCUGUGCAUCUUCCAGAGUUAACGGGCCAUUUUAAGACGGGGCCAGGAAGAGGAGCCAAGUCCCACACUGGCAGUAGACAGCCGCCGACACCGUUGCCUACGUCCCCCUCUCUCUCCCCUGCCCCGCUAGAACUCAUCUGGACCCCUGCUGCAUGGAGCUCACCAGAGCUUCAUGAUAAAACACCCUUAUAACAUCCCAAAGGAGCAGUGUAGAAACCGCAGUAGAGGCCAAGACUGCCACUUCUUCGAAAUCGUCAAAAAAAUCUAUUGCCAAGUCAUAGUGUGUGGACUCAAUUUACACACGUACCUGAGAUGAGGGUGGAGCUUCGCAUGCAAAACAUAAUUGACUGCUCUUUGUCUGUCGUCUGUCUGUCUGUCUUACACACUCUCUAAGCUGUGCUCCUGAAGCAGCUCAGCUACCGCUCGGUUUUUAUAGUGUGCUUGGCAUUCCAGACCACUUCUCGCUGGGUGCCUGGCAUUCCCGGUUGUGAGUCUAUUAAUCUUUAAAAUAAAUGAAUAGAUGAUUCCUGUUCCCUUGUAAAACCAUCGUCUGGAAAUCACUGCAGGUGACCUCACUGCUGAAUCAAGCAAUGGAAAACGUGCCACGGGCCAGGAUGGCAGACAGAUGAAGCUAGCUAGGCAUACGUCUGCAUUGUAGGAGACUGAUUCUAAACUUUGCUUUUGUGUUUAUUCUCUUGUCCUCUGUAGAAGUGGUCGAGUGUGAACAGCCCCCUGUUCCUGCCUCUCAUCCCACCGAGGUCCCCUGGGUUCACUGCUGUGGUGCUGACCUAUGACCGCAUCGAGAGCCUCUUCCGGGUCAUCACUGAGAUCUCCAAGGUUCCCAGCCUGGCCAAGCUACUGGUGGUGUGGAACAACCAGAACAAGAGUCCCCCUGACGGUGAGCCCUAGGCUGUAUUCAUUAGCGCACACCGUAGCAUAACAUUUUGCUACAGAACACUUAAAAAAUAAAAAUAAUAAUACGUUUCUUAUUGGACAGGUUCAGGUAGUGCCUCUCCAUUUUGGUAAAUGUUCUUCUGUUUGGUUUCUAGUGAAUACACCCCUGAUUCUGACCCUCCCUUCCCUAUACUGUUCAUUAAAAACCAUUAUUGAUUCAAAUAUUAACCUUAAACAAGCACACCAGCAAUAGGAGUUUACAUGAGUUAACCUUUUCAGUGACAGCGAUGAUGCCAUAUUGGAUAUUCAACAAUGGGACAUUAGUGUUCUGUCAGAUUGCCUUACUUCAUAGCUACCAUAGAGUCCAAAUCAAUGUUAUCUUUGUUUAGAGAUUGACUAAAGUUGGCAGAUCGAUACACACAAGGAAUGGGAAAGUGGCUGAACACUCCAAGUUAACUGCCAACUUGAUGAGAGAAGAAGUGAAGGUUAUAUCACCAUGCCAUUGUUUAAUACCCAAAAUGGAGCUCUUGAUGUGUACCAGAUGAGUGAUAACGGCUUCAGCAGCCAAGACCCAUCUCUCCAUAAGUUUAGACACUGAAAAGCAUGACAUGCUCGAGGCUGGAGCCAAACCUCUCUCUGGCUUUGCUUCAUGUUGAGAAUCAGGAAACUGGAGCAACUCCGUGGCAUGUUGCCACCAGUCGGACAGAUAAAAAUCCCCCUACCCACACCCACUCGGUGCUGCAGCAGCAAUCUCAUUCUAACCUUCAGAUGUCAACAGGUCUCCUCGGUACUGGCAAGCCAGACGACGUAGAGGCCUUUCAUUCAUGUUGAUAUACUGUCCUCUUACACCACACCUACAGACACUCCACUUCAUCAAACAGAGUGCAGUGUUCUGCUAGUGCUGCCUGUCUGUCCUACCGCCACAGCCCUCAUUUACAGCCCAUUAGAGAUGUGUCAGAGUAAGCUGAUAUUAGUCAUUAUUUAUGUGGCUUUCGCUCUAAUGAUUCCUCUUAACGAGGCGAUUAGGUAUGCAGCUGUUUAUGGCGCCCCUUAUCACUGACAGCUCAGGGGACGGCAGGGAGAGAGCAGGGAAUUAAAUCUAUCCUCUGCAUAGAGUUGUGUAAUGUAAUGAAGCAGCGGGCCACUUUGAAGCUCCCUCUAAUGGCCCAGUGUAGCCUUUGAUUAGAGGCGUCAGUGGAGCCUGGCUGGAGCUUUGUGACCCAUUAGAAUUAACAAGGGGCCGUUCACGGGUCAACUAGGGGCCUUUGCUUGGGAUGAGGAUGGAUUUCCUCCUCAUCCUCACAAGGCCUGAUUGUGUUUAUUUCAAGCAGCCCUAAGCUGCCUCCUCAAGUCCUGCACGUUUGGCAUUUUAACAAGGUGCUGCUGGCAGCUUAAGUCUUAGAAUUGUAUUAUUUUAUCUUAGUGCUCUAUGUUGGACUUUAUCUUCUGCUUCUGACAUGCACAGAGAUUGUACUGUUUGGUUGUCAUGAUUAACUUGAUAGUUUAUUUGUUCACUCAUACAAUCUUAGCGUUAUGACCUGAAGUGACCUGUUUUUCACAUCGGUCUAAGACCGUCAUGAAUGUCGAGUGAGUGCGUGUCUCUAUCAUUCUUCCACUAUCCUCCCUCCCCUCCAUCUCGGUCUGUUUCUCAUAAACAGCUAACCCUGCCCUGGCUAGUUGGGAGUCCCCUAAUAGCUGCAGUGCAUGGAGACGGAGGUAACUACAGUAGAGAUGGGGACUGCAGCAGGAUUCUGUUCUUCUAUAGUGGAGAGGAUCUCUGCUGGUUAGCCCUGGAGAAGUCAGAAAAGUAGAUGGGCUUCCAGCAGCCAGAAAUUGUUGUUUCAGUUUGUGUGUUCAAACCGAUGCCAAAAGAAAAGGCCAGGCUCAAUCUGUACAAUCAGAGCUAAGCUAAUAACCUAUGUUAGGUGAUUUCCCCCUGCACUGCACUCAUCUCCCAGCACUCAUCUCCCAGCUCAUGUUUGGAAAAGAGAGUGGUGGUGGGGGGAGGGGAGCGCUUGAAUAUAUCACAGCAGGUCUCUCGUUGACAGUUUAGUGUGGAGACGUUCAGAGCUCGUCGGUCAGUUGGGAGCGCCGCCUGCCUGUCAGACCCCAGUUAAAGCCUUAAUGGGGUGACACAUUCUGUGCCAUCUGUCUGACACUGCUCCGUGCCAUGGACACUUCCCAAGCUCACUAAACACUACUUUUAAAAAAGCUAACUUUGUUGCUCUGCCUUGAGAGGAAUCUUGGUGUGGUCAGGCUUGCACAUGAUUCAAGUUGGCGUUGCGAUUCAAGUCAGUGAUUGUAGUUUUACUGCUAGCACACUGUUUUCCACUAGGAUUGCCAUUUUGAAAUGUCUCCCUUGAUGGCAACCCAACUCCACUCAUCUCCAACUGAAGUCUAGAUGUUAGUUUGACCUAUAAAACUGGCAGUCUAAUUUGAUGUGGUAGGUGAUGCAAUAUACAGUAUACUGUCAGAUUUGGAAUGUGAGGAAAUCAUUUUCAUAGUUAAUGUCUUGCAGCUUUUCAAGGAUCACACAGUGUUAACUGACCCAUUUGCCAAGGCCUCCAUUGCAUUGAUAGUAUGGAUUUUAUAUGACCUGUCUGUACAAUGUAGGCGUAUCUCACUCAUAUUCCCAUUGUCUCUGUCCCUCUGUUAGAGUCUCUAUGGCCAAAGAUUGGCGUACCUCUCAAGGUGGUGCGCACCAAAGAGAACAAGCUCAGCAACCGCUUCUUCCCCUACGACGAGAUCGAGACGGAGGCUGUGCUGGCCAUCGAUGACGACAUCAUCAUGCUGACGUCUGACGAACUGCAGUUUGGCUACGAGGUGAGAGAGAGGAUACUCUGUAUCUCGCCUGGGAGUUUUCACCCCAAAUGUUUCACCUUGACCUUGGGCUUAGUACAUUCAUACUCCCUUGAUGGCAGGUCAACGCUGGCCACUUAGAGAUAACCCCAGAGUUUAAACUCAUCCAGGGAGCUUAAGUCGGCCUCCAGUAGUGGUAUAUGGGCUGCCUGGGGCUGGAGAUGUGUUUGAUGUGUGAUGGAUGGUGACAGGCCAGAGCUGAUGCUGUCCAUGACUACAGCCCGGCCUGGCACUCACCUGAAGGCAUUUAGGACCUAUUGAGACAAUUGAGGACAAUUUGAGGAUAAUGACAUGAAAUGAGAGGCAGGUUGCUGUGGGGAAGGAAGUCUGUCUGGCUCUACUGCCUCUCGCUGGGUCCAAUAGCAGGACAGGCUGCUGGCUGCUGGGCUCAGGUAUCCAGUCUCCACACACUGCUCUGCCCAUCACAGACAGGGCAUGUAGCCUUCAUCUCUUUACAGAGUGAACCUUGGGGCUCAAAGAAUCUCAGUGAUGGCGGUCUUCUAGCACUACCUUGAAGAUGAGAGGAGGCUACUUGGAACGUUUUUAGUGUUGCCUAACUCCAGUAACUUGUAAUUUUCCCAAAAUUACUGGAAAACCUGGGAAUUUGGGGAAAGUGACCAAUUUUGCCACCCUAAAGGUAUGUGUCUAACCAUCUCUUUCCCCCGCCAUCCCCCUCAGGUGUGGAGGGAGUUCUCAGACCGGCUGGUGGGGUACCCGGGUCGGCUCCACCUGUGGGACCACGAGAUGGGGAAGUGGAAGUACGAGUCAGAGUGGACCAACGAAGUAUCCAUGGUUCUGACUGGAGCAGCCUUCUACCACAAGGUUAGCCUCAGACAGAACCCCCACCUCCCUCUGUCCCUCUGCCAUGCCCAGUAUGUGGAGGGGGGCGGGGUUAGGUCACAGAGAGAGAAGAGAGAGAGAGAGAGGGAAGAGUCAUAGGUGAGGUUAGGUUAUCUGUCUCACCGUCAACCAAAAGCUCUCCUUUUGAUUCAAAGCAAAUACUUCUGAGAAAACACAUCCCUCUAUUCAAAGGCAUUCUGCUAAGGCAGAGGUUAGACUCAUUUAUCAUAUCACGAGUGAGUAGGAUGACAUAAAAAUGUUUAAAAAAUGUAUUUCAGUAUUUAUCUGCAUUAAUGCCGUUUCCACUGCUUGCUGAUUUUUGAUGUUGAGUGACACUGGCUUCUUUCCUUUCCAGUACUUUAACUACCUGUACACGUACAAGAUGCCAGGAGACAUCAAGAACUGGGUGGACGCCCAUAUGAACUGUGAGGAUAUCGCCAUGAACUUCCUGGUGGCCAACAUCACUGGCAAAGCCCCCAUAAAGGUACAGUACAGUGCACAACGUUCUCACACCACCUGAACACAACAGUCCUACCCAACCCAUUAUGCUGACAUUAGGUCAUUAGGGGGUUAAAUUCAAUAUUGGAUGUUCACCAGAGCUAUGGCUUGCAUCCCAAAUGGCAUUCUUUUCCCUAUAAUAGUGCACUACUUUUGACCAGAGCCCUAUGGUCCCUGGUCCAAGUUAGUGAACUUCCUAGUUAAUAGGGUGCCAUUUGGGAUGGAGCUAUUGGUAUUAAUGGCACCUGUUUGAACUUGUUAUCAGUAUAAAAGACACCUGUCCACAACCUCAAACAGUCACACUCCAAACUCCACUAUGGCCAAGACCAAAGAGCUGUCAAAGGACACCAGAAACAAAAUUGUAGACCUGCACCAGGCUGGGAAGACUGAAUCUGCAAUAGGUAAGCAGCUUGGUUUUAAGAAAUCAACUGUGGGAGCAAUUAUUAGGAAAUGGAAGACAUAUAAGACCACUGAUAAUCUCCCUCGAUCUGGGGCUCCACGCAAGAUCUCACCCCGUGGGGUCAAAAUGAUCACAAGAACGGUGAGCAAAAAUCCCAGAACCACACGGGGGGACCUAGUGAAUGACCUGCAGAGAGCUGGGACCAAAGUAACAAAGCCUACCAUCAGUAACACACUACGCCGCCAGGGACUCAAAUCCUGCAGUGCCAGACGUGUCCCCCUGCUUAAGCCAGUACAUGUCCAGGACCGUCUGAAGUUUGCUAGAGUGCAUUUGGAUGAUCCAGAAGAGGAUUGGGAGAAUGUCAUAUGGUCAGAUGAAACCAAAAUAGAACUUUUUGGUAAAAACUCAACUCGUCGUGUUUGGAGGACAAAGAAUGCUGAGUUGCAUCCAAAGAACACCAUACCUACUGUGAAGCAUGGGGGUGGAAACAUCAUGCUUUGGGGCUGUUUUUCUGCAAAGGGACCAGGACGACUGAUCCGUGUAAAGGAAAGAAUGAAUGGGGCCAUGUAUCGUGAGAUUUUGAGUGAAAACCUCCUUCCAUCAGCAAGGGUAUUGAAGAUGAAACGUGGCUGGGUCUUUCAGCAUGGCAAUGAUCCCAAACACACCGCCCGGGCAACGAAGGAGUGGCUUCGUAAGAAGCAUUUCAAGGUCCUGGAGUGGCCUAGCCAGUCUCCAGAUCUCAACCCCAUAGAAAAUCUUUGGAGGGAGUUGAAAGUCUGUGUUGCCCAGCGACAGCCCCAAAACAUCACUGCUCUAGAGGAGAUCUGCAUGGAGGAAUGGGCCAAAAUACCAGCAACAGUGUGUGAAAACCUUGUGAAGACUUACAGAAAACGUUUGACCUGUGUCAUUGCCAACAAAGGGUAUAUAACAAAGUAUUGAGAAACUUUUGUUAUUGACCAAAUACUUAUUUUUCCACCAUCAUUUGCAAAUAAAUUCAUAAAAAAUCCUACAAUGUGAUUUUCUGCAUUUUUUUUUCUCAUUUUGUCUGUCAUAGUUGACGUGUACCUAUGAUGAAAAUUAUAGGCCUCUCUCAUCUUUUUAAGCGGGAGAACUUGCACAAUUGGUGGCUGACUAAAUACUUUUUUUCCCCACUGUAUGUUACUAUAUCAGUAGGAGCAGUACUAAAACAUACACCACAUAUCAGGAAGCUGAAGGCCAUAACUCCAACUCCACAGAGGUGGAAACGUCCCAGAAUGGAGCAAUAUUUGGUUUUUACAGUCCCGUCCUGACAGAGGCUCUGUCUCUGAUCAGUUCUCACCCCUCUGUGCCCCCCGAUACCUCCCCAAUGCAGUGACCGUGUCCAGGUGCACAAGCAGCCCCUAAAGCCCAGCCUUAACCUCUCUUAUCUGGGUGUCACUGACUGCCACUCCCCCUCCGACAAUGUUUUUCUAAGCUCACCAGGGCUCACUUACCCCAAAGCAAUGCCUACUCCCUCCCUCUCUCUGUGCCUGCAGUAGGCUAGCCCCCCACCCCACAUAUCUCCCACAUGUCCUCCUCAGCACUGAUCUCCAGUCUGGAGUAAGAUGGACUGGUGGGGUGGGUAAGACGGAGUAAGGCCAUACAUCACCCCUUUAAAGAGCAUACAGCUGUUUCUUCUCGGCACGCAAGCAGCAUGCCCUGGGCUUUAAUGACCACUCAGGUAUACAGCAGCACAACAUCCUCCCACAACCCAACUGCCCUCAAUCACACUCUGCUGCUACAACCACUGCUGGACCUGCUUUCACAACUAGCAUGACUUUAUCUAAUGGGUUUAUCAAAUUCUAGUGGAGUGCGACUUAAAGGGAUACUUCGGGAUUUGGGCAAUGAAGCCCUUUAUCUACUUCCCCGGAGUUGGAUGAACUCAUGGAUACCAUUUUUAUGUCUCUGUAUCCAGUAUGAAGGAAGUUAGAGGUAGUUUCGCAAGCAAAUGCUAACUAGCAUUAGCGCAAUGACUGGAAGUCUAUGGUAUCUGCUUGCAAUUGCGCUAACGCUAGUUAUCAACUUCCUUCAAGCUGCAUGCAGAGACAUAAAAACGGUAUCCACGGGUUCAGCUGACUCUGGGGAAGUAGAUAAAGGGCCUCAUUGCCAAAAUCCCGAAGGAUCCGUUUAAGCAAUACUAUGAUGGUUAUGGACUUUUCUCAUCUGCACAGGGAUUUGAUCUCCACACAGUAGAUGCCAUACUGUACGGUUUUUAGUUGCGUAGCAAUGGGGGAAUGGUAGAUUAACAGAUUGUAAAGGUCACUGUCCUGGUUCCAUUUAGGUGACCCCAAGGAAGAAGUUCAAGUGUCCUGAGUGCACAGCCAUUGACGGUCUGUCCCUGGACCAGACACACAUGGUAGAGAGGUAGGUCCUGCACUGAGCAUGCUCAUCACCUAGCAACUCUAGAAAUUGUGUGUAUAUGCCAAAUCAAUAUUCAUAGAGGAAGUAGUGGAUUUACAAUAUCUGGACGUGUUAUUUUUCUGUGGUUGAUUGCCUCAAAUUGUUAACGCCGGUAACUUCUGUUCACUUCUCCAGAUCGGAGUGCAUCAACAAGUUUGCGUCGGUGUUUGGCACCAUGCCCCUGAAGGUAGUGGAACACCGUGCAGACCCAGUCCUCUACAAGGACGACUUCCCAGAGAAGCUCAAGAGUUUCCCCAACAUCGGCAGUCUCUGACCGGACAGGGUUGUGGCCCUACAACCCCCAGACACCCAUACAUACCCAGCAUCUAGUUCAGGGGAGACAUAAACUCUUAUAUCUCUGUUAUAUAGAACUAUCUGGAAGGUUGUUGUUGAUCUCUGUAGGGUGGUGUGGGGGUGGGAGCCUGUAUUGUUACCUUUCCUAAAGACUGGUUUGUAGUGGCUGUAAGUCACUCUGGAUAAGAGC